ACAUUAUCCUCUUCAGGAUGAAUGCAAGGUAUAUGUAUAUUUUUAUACCAUAUCAAGUUUGUCUGUAUUGAGUCUUAAAAAACAAAUUUGUAAAGGUUGGGAAUUUUCUUUGAAGAGAGAUGAGUAAAGAAAAAAAUUGAUCCAGGCCUCUUCAGGGCUGCCAGCAGUUUGAUUCAUCCCAUUUUCUCAAUGUAAAUUCCUCUUACUACGUAUUAGUUGAGGGAUGAUUCUUGCAACAUCUAUGUGUGGGUGUUGCAUUAAACAGCUGCUAAAUGUUGAACUAGUUUGUGACUGGAUUGUGUUUUGUUCCCACCUUCCCUGUUAAUUGGACAUUUAAGGCAUCUACAAGAUUUGUGGUUGGAGAGGUACAUACUUUACUAAGAAUUUUUUUGUUUAAUUCUAAUACCUUUACUUCAUGUUAUAAAAAUAAAAACCAAGACAUGGUGAGGCUGCCAAUUGCUUUUUUGUGCAUUGGAUACAUUCUGUUAACUCUUGCAGACAAUGGCGAUUUUGACUUAAAAGAUGCUCUUGACCCAAAUGAUAAGAAGCCUUCUGAAGCAACCAAAAAGCCACCAGGGGGUAACAAACCCCGACCUCUCUUAUAUCCUGACCUUAGACCAUAUUCAGAUAAUCAUGGAAAUGGCGGUGCCUUUAAUGACCUAGAUCUCAAUGAUGGGAAAUCUUUACCUCCACGCCCAGCAGGUGAGAGAGAGCAAACUUCAGAUCAGGGUGGAAAUAUGGUUGACUCUGCUACGACAGCUCAGAUUACAUCUCCUGUUGUUGCUAUAGCUGUGAUGCUGACCUUUGGGGCCAUAGCUGGCUAUACUGCUUAUAAGCAGAAAAGAUACUGUUUUAAACCAAGAGAUGGAGCAGUUGCCUAAACGAUUCAAAAAUGAUCCAAGAAAUAUUGUUCCACAAAAUCAUCAACAAAUGAACGAACUGCAUACUGUAAUAUCUAUGAUGCUGUUGCUAAGAUUUUAUGUAAUGUGGCAUUUUGUUUUUGUUUAUAAAAACUAAAGAACAAACUUUCAAAACAAGAGAUUGGUUAAUGAUACACACUGCUUCUAUACUUUGUAUGAUUUUUUUUCAGUUCAUACAGUUUAGAAACAUUUUAUGUUUUGUUUAUUUAAGAUCAUUGGAUCCAAUUGUUCAGAAUCUCAAUUUCACUCUUAGUAUACAGGCAUUGGUUUAUAGUUAAGGCUCUUUAUGUACCCUUUUUCAGAUCUUCAGGACUACUUAAAAAUCUAUGGGGUGAUAGUUGCACUGAAAUGUUGAAAGAUGCACAUCAUGUCCUUUCUCUAAUUUAGUUAUUACUGCAUCAAUGUUCAGGGAAACAUUGUACUUCUCUUACUUUAUAAAUUAAAUUUCAUUGAAACAAAUGUAAUUGGUUAUCUUCCUACAUUAGCUACUUGAUACCAGCAACAAAGUCAGGCUUAUGCAUCCAAAUUCCUUUUAGCAUUUAACCUUAUAUGGAAAUUGAUACUAUUGCUAUAUUGUUUAAAAGUCAAGGAAUAGUUCACCUAUUUUGGAGUGUGACUAGCUUAAAUAUUAAUUUGGUGAUAAAAUACCAGGUACUGAGAAAUAAACAUAGAUUGUGGUCAUCUUCAUGAAGUUCCAAAUAAGAGUUAUUAUAUUUAAAGGAGAUGGUCAGGAAAGAGAGAGUCAGGAAUACAUUGGAAUAUGUAUAUGGUUUUUCCUCUUUAAUUAAGGGAAUUUUUCCCUUCUUUCUUCAAUUCUAAUAUAAAAUAUAUUGCCAUGUAUAUUAAUUUUCCAAAGACAAAUGGAUUAAUGGGAAAAUACUGUAUGUGGUUAGAAGGAUUGAAAAUUAUAUUAUAAUUCUAAUUUAGAAGAUAUUUUUUCCAAAAUUAUAUUUAUUUAUUUAUUAUUAUUUUUACACACUACCAUCUCAUGUAAAUGACUCUAAGUGAUCAAUGAUGUAUUGGUAUCUGUCACUAAAAAAAUGUCUAAAAUGUAUAAAGGUAUUUUGAAUCUUUGUUUGAAAUGAGAACAAUAUGAAGGGGACAUUUUAUCAUAUUUGUGGACAUGUAAAAAGAUUAGAAAAUUGAGGAUACAAAUACAUGCAUAUACAUUAAAUAAAAAUAUUUUAAAGACUAAA